AUGGCUUGUGGGGUGUCAUCCUCCAGUAUAUAUAAGGUGGUCGCAUCCCUCACAGAGCAUCAGUCACACUCGUCUUCCACACACACAAUGUCUCCUCUCAAGGUUGUUUUGGUAGCGGCUCUUGUGGUGGUUGCCUUGGCCCGCCCUCAGGUUCCUCCCCGUAACUAUCCACAACCCAUCUACGGCGUCCCUUCUACUGAGGCUCCUGCUCGGUACUCCUUCAGCUGGAAAGUGAAGGACGACGCUUCCGGCAACGACUUCGGCCAAGACGAGACCCGUGAUGGUCCCAACACCCAGGGCUCCUACUAUGUGCUGCUUCCCGACGGUCGUCUGGAGAAGGUGACCUACACUGUCAACGGCGACUCCGGCUACGUGGCCCAGGUGACCUACGAGGGCCAGGUCCAGCACACCACACCCCAGCCCUACUAUUUCUAAACUUCUCCUCCUCUACUUCCAAGUCAUCACCUACAGGUUGAACUCGUAUAUAUUAGUCUUAAAAGGUA